AUGGAAACCCAGCCAUUAGUCCAACCAAUUGUUAUCCAGUCCAUGGAUGCCAAUAGCCGCAUUAGCCGCUCAACCUCCACUGAGGCAGGGAAUUCGUCCAUUGACGGUACAGAACGUCGUGAAACCUCAGAAAAACCAUUAGAGUCCCCUAAAGUCAGCGGCUGGAUGUUGAAGUCUGCCCUUCGGGUUUUUUUCGAGUUCCCGACGAUCAAUGGUAAGAAAUUUGCACAGUGUCUGUACUGUAGAAGACGAUACCCUGAAGGGGAGUCAACUGGAAAUCUAUCAAAACACAUCCGCAAUGUACAUCCUGCAGCCUUUGAAAACAGGGAUAAGAAAGUAAAAAAAAUGAGAACUUUAAAAGCGUUUGUGAAGAGGUCGAAUGCACUCAGGGUGUCCAAUAUAAUAAAAGACGAAUACGAGAAAUGCCCCGAAUCUUUCCAAUCGGUCAUGCUUGUCGUUGAAGGCUUUUUACCUUUCACUUGGGUUCAGCUGAAUACUUGGGACAUUAUCAACAAGACGAGAGAUUCGAAAUUCAUCCAAUCCAGAACGACACUUGUCAAAAAGCUUGAUUUAUACACAGCUUAUAUGGAUGAAUGUUUGGCGAUGAAUCUCAAAGAUACUCAUCUCGUGAAUAUUCUAAUCGAUAUCUGGACCGCGACCAACAAUGAGUCUUUUUUAGCCAUUAUGGUGUCCUUUGUCCCGAAUUUCUUCAAUGAAACAACACUGAAGGUAGCUACAGGUCCCUCAAUUUUCUUCAACAGAGCCGGUAAAGCUCAAAACAUACAUUUACUAGACUUCCGAAGUCUUGGUUCCAAUAAACGUACCGGGCCAUACAUGCAUACUCUGAUUUCGUCGAUUUUAGAGAAGCAUCAACUAUUGGACAAGGUGGCUACCAUUACAAUGGAUAAUGCCAGAAAUAACGAGGCCUUUUAUUCUUAUUUGGUUAACGAUAAUUUGAAAAUAUACAAACCUUUGGCCUACCGUCUGUUCAAGAAGGUGCGCUAUAUCAGGUGCGCCAGCCACAUUUUGAAUCUACAGUUUCAGAAGUUGUUUGACCAUCUCAAUUCCAAAGGCUUAUUUACAGACGCCUAUGCUAACAUCGUGAAAAUGGCAAAAGUUAUGAGGUACUCAACUCGAAUAUCAACCAGUUUGAAAAACUCGAGAACACCGCUCAUACCACUAGAUUGCCCGACAAGGUGGAUGCUCAAAUGGCACCAGAUUGAAAGGUUCUUGGCAAAUCGUGGCUUAUACGAAACAUGGUGCAAGACAAUGGAAGAGAUGGGUGAUGCAAAACUCGCAGCUCGGUUGCAAAAGUUCCUCUUGAUUGACUCGAGGACAACCCAAUUGUUGACCUAUUUCGUUCAGAUCUGCGACAUUUUUAACACUUUGACUCUUCAAUUGCAAGAAGAUGAUUACAAUUGUUUGUCCAAUGCCGUCUCUUUUUAUUACUUGUUAGACCACUACUAUAAGGCCUGUUCACAAGCCUCAGAGGGAGCAGUAUUUUCUGAACCACCCUCAGCCGCUAAUUUCUCUCAUCUUAAUGGCUCAUCAGCACUGCAUCCGGAAGACAAAGAGCUUGUUUUGGAGGCCAUGGCCAUCGCUCAAAAGUCACAUUCGAAGUAUUUCACCGAGAUCAAGAGUGAUCCCAUUUACUAUUUAUCAGUUUUACUUGAUCCCAGGCUUAAAACUGAGAAACUUUACGGUACAAUGCAUACAUCAGAGGCUAAUGAAAGCAUUCAGCUCUGUGAGACUUUCAUUAAAAAUUAUUUCAAAGAAUACGAAUUGACACAUCCGUCAAAGGAGUGUGCCACUGUCACAAAACCUACUCAGCCCGGGAAUCACAAUAUUUUUGAAUUUGACAGGCAACGACUUGGUUUGAUUGACUCAAAUCCUGACGGCGAAUACAAAACUGAUGAUCGUAUGGUUCAAAUAGAGGAAUGGACCAAUUAUUUGGGUGAACCUUUAUUAUCUGCUACUUCGAGAGAGGCUGCCAUAACUUGGUGGUUUGACAGGCGUUUGCGAUUUCCAAGGCUCUUUAAGCUUGCGAUGUCUUUGUUUUACACCAAAAUUUCUACGUGCGAUGUUGAGAGGUGUUUCUCUUUGGCUGGUAGGGUUAUGCAGAAGGAUCGUAAGCGUCUAGUCGAAAAGAAUGUUAGAACCUCAAUGGUUUUGAGGGACAGAUUCCAUAAGUUUAACUUCUACAAGAAUAGGGAAGGCUCUUUUGUCCCUAAUGAGUUCGAAGAAAUGGAAAGUGGCUCGGAAUCCAUUGGUUCAGACCUCGAAGGGUCUGUAUUUGAUACUGAUAGUGACCAAGAUGUACCAGCUUUGGAGCCCUUUAGUAACGAGGAAACCUGCGUUGCAGGCGAUUCAGAGCAAGGCCUGAAGGUAUAG